GCUGUUUUUGUUGUAGCUGACCUUUGAAAAGUCCAGAUACCAGGGAUGUGGAAAUAACAAGGCUUGAGAUGGAGCCUUUCGCCUGGAGGCGACGCCCGGUACCGCGGACUCCAAAAUCUUGGGCUCCAUUCAGCUGCUCUUCGCUUUCCUUAGUUUCCCUCAAUCCAGUCCCCUUUCUGCCUCGGCUCCUCUUCGUCUGUUUUCGGCUGCUGAACCCUCGGACUCACCUCUUUUCGACUGCAUUCGGCCCACGCUCGAUCUGGACUCGGCUCUUUUCGUCAGGGCGGCUUUUCCCAGCCGCGCUCCGCCUGCCUCCGUCUUGCCCACUUCUCCUCUUCGGCUCCGUUCGGCCGGCUCCGGUCCCCUCAGGCUCGGCUCUCCGCUCUCUUCGGCAACAUCCGGCAACAUUCGUCACAGCUCGGUUUUUUUCCGCCUACGUUCGGCGGCGGCCCCGGAAGGGCGCCCAUGGAGCCGGGCUUGCCGGCUCGAAGGAUCGCUAUGGCGCCGCUGCUAGAAUAUGAGAGGCAGCUGGUGCUGGAGCUGCUCGACACGGACGGCCUGGUCGUGUGCGCCCGAGGGCUUGGUGCCGACCGGCUCCUCUACCAUUUCCUCCGGCUACACUGCCACCCGGCCUGCCUGGUGCUGGUGCUCAACACGCAGCCGGCCGAGGAGGAGUAUUUUAUCAAUCAGCUGAAGCUAGAUGGAGUCGAUCAUCUCCCUCGUCGUGUGACAAAUGAAAUCCCAAGUAAUGGUCGCUAUGAGGUUUACACACAAGGUGGUGUUAUAUUUGCAACAAGUCGAAUACUUGUGGUUGAUUUUUUGACUGAUAGAAUUCCUUCAGAUUUAAUAACUGGAAUAUUGGUGUACAGAGCCCACCGAAUAAUCGAGUCUUGCCAGGAAGCAUUCAUUUUGCGCCUCUUUCGCCAGAAAAACAAACGUGGUUUCAUUAAAGCUUUCACAGACAACGCUGUCGCCUUUGAUACUGGGUUUUGUCAUGUGGAAAGAGUGAUGAGAAAUCUUUUUGUGAGGAAGCUGUAUCUGUGGCCUAGGUUCCAUGUAUCAGUCAACUCAUUUUUAGAACAACAUAAACCUGAAGUUGUAGAAAUCCAUGUUUCUAUGACACCUGCCAUGCUUGCCAUCCAAACUGCUAUACUGGAUAUUUUAAAUGCAUGCCUAAAGGAACUGAAAUGUCAUAACCCAUCACUGGAAGUGGAAGAUUUGUCUUUAGAAAAUGCUAUUGGGAAGCCUUUUGACAAGACAAUCCGCCAUUAUCUGGAUCCUCUGUGGCACCAGCUUGGAGCCAAGACUAAAUCCUUGGUUCAAGAUUUGAAGAUACUGCGGACUUUGCUGCAGUAUCUCUCACAGUAUGAUUGUGUCACAUUUCUUAAUCUUUUGGAAUCUCUGAGAGCAACAGAAAAGGCUUUUGGUCAGAACUCAGGUUGGCUGUUUCUUGACUCCAGCACCUCAAUGUUUGUAAAUGCCCGAGCAAGAGUUUACCAUAUUCCAGAUGCUAAAAUGAGUAAAAAAAGCAAAAUACCUGAAAAAAUGGAGAUUAAGGAAGGACAAGAAGCAAAAAAGGAACUGGUCCUAGAAAGCAACCCAAAGUGGGAGGCACUAACUGAAGUACUGAAAGAAAUUGAGGCAGAAAAUAAGGAGAGUGAAGUCCUUGGGGGCCCAGGUCAAGUUCUUAUCUGUGCAAGUGAUGACCGCACAUGCUCCCAGCUGAAAGACUACCUCACCACUGGGGCAGAGGACUUCCUGUUGCAGCUCUACAGGAAGACCUUUGAGAAGGACAGCAAAGCUGAGGAAGUGUGGAUGAAAUUUAGAAAGGAGGAUGGUUCAAAGAGAACUGGGAAAUCUAACAAAAGGCCCAAAGACCUCCAACACAAAGAACAGAGUUCUCUCAAAGAAAGAAUUCCCAAAAAGAAAAAACGAAGGUUGACUCUAACUCAGAUGAUAGGAAAAUCAGAAGAGGAAGAGGAGGUUGAGGAAGGAUAUCCUAAAGAAAUAAGCAGUAGCCCAGAAAGCUGCUUGGAAGAAAUUAAGCAUGAAGAAUUUGAUUUAAAUUUGUCAUCUGAUGCUGCUUAUGGAAUCUUGAAAGAACCCCUCACCAUCAUCCAUCCGCUCCUGGGUUGUAGUGACCCCUACGCUCUGACAAGGGUUCUCCAUGAAGUGGAGCCAAGAUAUGUGGUUCUGUAUGAUGCGGAGCUCACAUUUGUUCGUCAGCUUGAAAUUUAUAGGGCAAGUAGGCCGGGGAAACCACUGAGGGUUUACUUUCUUAUAUAUGGCGGAUCAACAGAGGAACAACGUUAUCUCACUGCUCUGCGGAAAGAAAAGGAAGCUUUUGAAAAACUCAUAAGGGAAAAGGCUAGCAUGGUUGUCCCUGAAGAAAGAGAAGGCAGAGAUGAAACCAACCUGGACUUAGCAAGAGGCACAGCGUCGACACAGGCUGCUGCGGACACUCGCAAAGCUGGUGGCCAGGAACAGAAUGGAACACAGCAAAGCAUAGUCGUGGACAUGCGUGAAUUCCGAAGUGAGCUCCCCUCCCUGAUCCAUCGCCGUGGCAUUGACAUUGAACCUGUGACAUUAGAGGUUGGCGAUUACAUCCUGACACCAGAAAUGUGUGUGGAACGCAAGAGCAUCAGUGACUUGAUUGGCUCUCUAAAUAACGGCCGCCUGUACAGCCAGUGCAUCUCCAUGUCCCGCUAUUACAAGCGCCCUGUGCUUCUGAUCGAGUUUGACCCCAGUAAGCCCUUCUCUCUCACAGCCCGAGGUGCCUUAUUUCAGGAGAUUUCCAGCAGCGACAUUAGUUCCAAACUCACUCUUCUCACACUUCACUUUCCCAGACUACGCCUUCUCUGGUGCCCUUCCCCUCAUGCAACAGCAGAGUUGUUUGAGGAACUGAAACAAAAUAAGCCACAGCCUGAUGCCGCCACAGCCAUGGCCAUUACAGCAGAUUCUGAAGCCCUGCCUGAGUCAGAAAAAUACAAUCCUGGUCCCCAAGACUUCUUAUUGAAAAUGCCGGGGGUAAAUGCCAAAAACUGUCACUCCUUGAUGAACCACGUUAAGAACAUUGCAGAAUUAGCAACCCUAUCACAAGACAAGCUCACAGGUAUUCUGGGCCAUGCCGCAAAUGCUAAACAGCUUUAUGACUUCAUUCACACCACUUACGCAGAAGUAGUGUCUAAAGGGAAAGUGAAAAAAUGAACAGUGGUGUCUGUUGGCUCAUUGAUGACUGCUUUUCAUCUGGUCUGUCCCAGCCAUUCUAAGUCAUUAUUAAUUAUUUGUUCAGUGAUUCAUUCUUUUCCAGUGCUUUUAAUGAUCUGCACUACAAGGUCGGUGGACCAGAAGCCGAGCUUCCUCUGAACAUUGUGUUUAGAUAUCUUUUUAACUUUUGCUUGCCCACUCCCUGCCCACCCUGCAGUGUCCUUGGCAGACUUACUAUGUUCCAUUUUUAAAUGAAGUGCGUCAAGAUCAGGCAUUGCUUCAGCAAGCAUUUAUUGAAGACUGUUUUGAAGCAAAGAGAGACAGUCACCUCUAAAACUGGCUGACUAGGCUACCCAAAUACAUGACAUAUAUAUUACAGUUUGGUUGUCCAAAGGCACCUCCGUGUCCUUUUGUUACAAAUGAAAUGAAUUACUAAGUCACAAAAUUUGGUGGUAUAGGUGAAGGAGCCAUUAGAAUUAUGUUUUUGCCAAUGUCCAACCACCUACAUCUCAAAGAUUUAUAAGCCCAGACGAUGAGUUACAGUCUCUUAAGAGCUGCUCUUUCCUGACUCUUCAUGAGCCCAAGACACCAUGCCACAUCCUCUGGCAAUACACCAUCCUCUCUGCCUCCCCGCCUCCCUGUCCCUGUCCAGCACACUUCUGCCUCCCUAUGUGAGACUUGAACACAAGCAAACAAGUGGCCCACAAAACUUUCAAGAUAUAGUUGUCUUCCCUUUGUGUUGAGAUAGAUGGGUUGCAGCUAAAUGGAAGAUCAGUGCACAGAAAAUAUAAAAAUUCAGAAAUAUAUAUAUAUAUAUAUGUUUAAAAAUCCAUAA